AUGGUAGAGAUCAGAGGGAUGCUCCAGCAACUCAUUGGGACAAAUGGUAAGAUGCAAGAAAAGUUGGCAAUACAUGAGUCAGUUAUAAAGAACAUUGAAACUCAGUUGGGGCAGUUGUCUAUGGCUUUAAACAAUCGCCCCCAGGGAACAUUGCCAGCGGAUACAAAUAUUAACCCCAAGGAGCAAAACCCGAAUCAGCUGAUGGCAGUAAGUCUUCGAAAUGGGAGAGAUUUAGACAAAGAGCAGGAGGUUGCACAAGCCAGCAAAGAGACUACCCCAGCCACUCCAAUUCCACUAGAGGGUCAAGAUGAAAAGGGUAAGGCUAAGGUAAAUGAACAAGCUGCAGAACAGGUGGUGCCACUUGUGCCACAGAACCCCAACAGAGAGAAGCCAGCAAGCAGUGAACAAAGGGUGAUACCUGUACCAUUCCCUCAUAGACUGGUAAAACAAAAGAAGGAAGAUCAAUACAAGAAAUUUAUGGAGAUGCUGCGUCAAAUUCAGCUGAAUAUUCCUUUGAUGGAUGCCUUGAGGGAGAUGCCAGGUUAUGCGAAGAUGAUGAAAGACCUAAUGUCACAGAAGUUUGAUUUUCAGGACCUAUCCACAGUGACUCUGACGCAGACCUGUAGCGCAAUAGUGACCAGACCGAUGGCUCAAAAGAUGUCCGACCCAGGUAGCUUCACUAUUCCAUGCACGAUUGGGAGUUACGCCUUUGCAAAGGCAUUAUGUGAUUUGGGAGCCAGCAUAAAUUUGAUGCCUCUGGUUGUAUACACCAAACUGGGCAUUGGCAGAGCUAGAACAACUUCGAUGUUGCUGCAACUGGCUAACCGCACGGUAGAUAAGGAGAUACCUAUCAUUUUAGGUAGGCCAUUUUUAGCCACUGGGAGAGCCCUGAUCGAUUGUGAGACUGGGGAAUUAAAAAUGAGACUGAACGAUGAAGAAGUCAUAUUCAAUGUUCAGCAAUCUAUGAGGAGACCCAGUGAAUAUACUAAUUGCUCUCUAGUGGAGGCAGUGGAUGUGAUCCUGCAAGAAGAUGAUGUGACCCUGACUGUUAAAGAUCCAUUGGAGGCAUGUCUGACAAAUUUAGAAGGAUGGUGA